CGGGCGACCAUAUUUCCUAGCUGACAAGAACUGGCUGAGAGGAGAGUAGAGAGAGAAAGUAGAGAGAGAGUGUGUGACUCGGGAACUGCGCGCAGAAGCAGUAGCAUCGGCGGAAAGCUACCACCUGAGCCUGCGAACGACAACUCCUCAUCCCAAAACUAGGGUUUUCUUGUCUUCAAAAUUGGAAGAGUUUAGUCACCAAAACAUAAGCCCAGUCUCAGCAUACAAAAUCUUCAGGUAUUGUGGGUCAGGUGGGGCUUUGAAGCAGAGUGCUAUUAGUUUGCCCUUUUAUUAGGAAAGAAGAGGUUGAACAUGCAGACACCAAAAGCAAGCAGAACUGGCUCCUUGGAAGUGCCUCAAAGAGCAUCUCCUGUUGCACCUCGAACUGCUCGCCAGCUUAAGACACCUGGGUCAGAUUCCGAUUCUGUUUCCUCCCCAAAUCCAGCAAGCAGGACACCCAAAGACAGAAGUCCUAAAGUAAUUGAGCGCAGGUCACCACGAAGUCCGGUGCCAGAGAAGAAGCGCCCAAGCAGAGUGCCUGAACUGGAAUCUCAGCUUGCUCAGCUCCAGGAGGAACUGAAGAAGGCAAAAGACCAGCUGAGCUCAUCCGAAUUAUGGAAGAGACGGGCCCAGCAGGAGGCCGAAGAGACCAAGAAGCAGCUUGCAGCCAUGUCAGCAGAACUCGAGGAGUCCCAGCAGCAGCUGCUGGAGCUUUCUGCUUCUGAGGAUACUCGGGUCCAGGAGCUCCGCAAAAUCUCCCACGACCGAGAUCGAGCAUGGCAGUCCGAACUAGAGGCUGUUCAGAAGCAGCACUCUAUGGACUCUGCUGCCUUGGCUUCUGCCAUGUUAGAGAUCCAGAAGCUCAAGUUCCAGCUGGAAAGGGUGGCAGAAUCUGAAGCUGCUCAGGCUAGGGAUGCUGAAUCAGCACAUGAAAAGAUACAGAGCCUAAGACUUGAACUUACAGAAACUCUCUCCCUGGUUGAGAAACUAAAAACUGAGCUCACUGAUUGCAAAGAAUCUGAAGCUCGGGCCCUAGAAGUUGUUAGUAAAACACAGAUGCAAUUGGAAUCGUCAAAAACAACUGAGGAGUCACUCCGGUCAGAAGGCCUUAAAGCCAAGGAGGCUUACAAAUCUUUGGCUUUGGAACUGGAGCAAUCAAAGGAUCAAAUAAAAUCAUUGGAGGGACUUGUUAGCAAACUAAAGGCUGAUUUAGGGAAUAAUGACAAAACCUCACAAGAUCCUUCAGGCAAUAUUAAAGAUGCAGAAUCAAACGAGCUAAGAGUAGAGCUUAACAAUAUGAGAAAUGAGGUAAAUCAAUUAAGAUCUGCACUAGAUGGAGCUGAAAGAAGGUACCAGGAAGAAAAUAUUCAAAGCACAAUGCAGAUCAGAAGUGCUUAUGAAUUAGUGGAGCACGCAAAAUCAGAAUUGUGCCUGAGAGAGGCUGAAUUGGAGGUUAAGUUGAAGAAAGCGAAAGCUGAUAUUGAAGAGUUAAAGGCAAAUCUGAUAAAUAAAGAGACUAAAUUGCAGAGUAUUUUAGAGGAGAAUGAGAGGCUGAAUACAAACAUUGAGAAGAAUCAGUCUAGAGAAAGAGAAUCUGAACUGGAAACAGAGUUGAAGAUGUCAGAAGUACGAGUGACAGAUUUAAGGGCAAGUUUGUUGGAUAAAGAGACAGAGUUACAGGGUAUAACUGAGGAAAAUGAGAUGCUGAAGUUAAAAUUCAAGAAGUGGGAAGUGGAGAGUGAAGCAGUAAAUGAUGAGGCCAAUGCUUUAGCAGAAGCAGCAAGGGCUGCGGAGCAUGAGGCUUUGAUGAAGCUUGGCUGUUUGACAGAAGAGGCAGAUAGAAGCAGCAAAAAAACCGCGCGGGUUAUUGAGCAGCUAGAUGCAGCACAGGCUACAAAUUCAGAAUUGGAGGCUGAGUUGAGGAAAUUAAAGGUACAGUCAGACCAGUGGAGGAAGGCAGCCGAGGCAGCUGCUGCUAUGCUUUCUACAGGACAUAAUGGGAAAUUAGUGGAGAGAACAGGGUCGCUUGACAGUAACUUCCAUACCAUUGGUGGAAAGAUGAAUUCACCUUAUUCAGAAGACAUGGAUGACGACUCACCUAAGAAGAAAAAUGGUAACAUGUUGAAGAAGAUCGGUGUGUUGUUGAAAAAGGGCCAGAAAUAGAUGAAUUGUUCCGCAGGUGCUUCGGGGGGCUGGAUUUAAGUAUAAUUGCAUGGAAAUGGAUUAAGGCUUAGUGUUCUAUUUUGUUUAACCUGCCAUAUGUGUGGGGUUUUGACAGACGCCGCAAUUAUUGUAUUUUAUUUUAUUUUUUUUCUGUUUUAAAAUGGCAAGACAUGUCUGUCCUUUGAUCACUGAGGAAAUUAUGUAUGUAAUUAAGUGAUCUGAUGAGCAAAAACUGUUGUAUUGUUCUAUUUUGGAGAUAAUGUUAAUAUGGCACUCCUUUAGGGGUUACUUUGGCUAA